AACCGGAAGUUUCGUCAUGAACUAGCUGUGCUUUGGACUUACAUUCAGAAAGACGGUCAGUAUUUCAGCAGAAGGCUGGGCGAUAAAUUAUCCAUAGCCAUCGUGGAGCUUCCUUAGCUCGGCCAAUCCAUAUAUUUCUUUCCACUAGACGGCGCUAUCCAGAAAGAAAUAUUUUUGACCGAGUCAAAAUGUCAGAGAAAGCUGAGCAUGUGAGUGGAAUCGUCCUCCAGCCAUUAUGGAAGACGCAAAAGCUGGAUUGGACCGUCAGGAAGAAUGUGUUUGAGAAAUGUCCUUUGAGUUACACCAUCUCACUGACCGACGACCGGAGUUUGAAGGGAAGACACCCGUACUCGUUUAGAAAUGACAACCGGAAGGAGACAACUUACAUUCUACAGAGGGAGCAAAUUGAACGCAAUAAGGAUCGACCCACUAUCCCACAGAGAUAUAGACCUCCCUACAACAGGAAGCGCUGGAACACCGAGCUCACAGGGAAACAACUUCUGUCAAGUCUUCCUCCCAUCAGGACUGAUCCCCCCUUUGUUGUGCCGUUAGAUUGAUACGAUUUACGUAUGGACACUGGCUGGCGUGUGUGAGCUUGUGCAGCUAUGAUUGGAGGGGAGGGGGUACAUAUGUUUGUAUAUGAUUGUGUUUGAUUGUUGAACGAUGAUAUCAGAAACCACGUGAUGAUUGUUAGUCAAAUGAUGUCAGCAAAUUAUUUAUAGCACAACAUGUGAUGUCAUUGUUUGGAUUUCUAAAUUUAGUAACGUCUUGAGCAUGGAGUCUUAGAUAUUUGUGUCAUAGCUUGACUUUGAGGUCCAGAUGUGUUUCAUCACAAAAACAUUUGAGUAGCUGCAAGACUUUUGAAUAGAUCUUGACUACAAAGAACGAAACGUACACGACGCUAGGGCUGCUUGCUUGGCUGGUGAACUUCAAUAAGUCAAGCACAAAAACAAAAGCGCAUAGACUCACAGUUGAGAGGGUUUAUAGAUUAAAGUCAAAGCUGCUACUUAAUGCAAAGAAUUUCAAUUUGAAGGAACGUUUGGUGUGUCUGUGAGACAGGGGAUACAAGAGAAGAGAGAAAAGUGUUUUGAUUUCCUGGAGCUGUACUACUUUUUGUGUGUUAAUACAUUGGCAUUGACCCAUAGACCAAUGGUCACCAAACUGCUGCCCCUUGUCAGUGUGAUAUGGAAGAGGGAGGUAGAGAAUAAUUUGCUUUUGUUUUAGAGAAAUUAUGCCGAUUAUUUUAUUAUUAUAUUUGAAAAUCGUUUAGAAACGCGGGUCUGACAGCAGGGCCUGCCAUAGAUGAAUUGAGAACCUCUCAGAUCAACAGCGCCAUGUUUGAACUAAAUCAAUGCUCUUCCUUGGCUUAAACUUUUGUGUUUGAACAUGAUCCUAACGUUGGAUUCAAACCCGAGAACAUUUGGCUUGACGGAACAGGGACGUCACGUUGGAAUCAUGAAUUCUUGCAGCUUCUCAUCAACACUUAUAGAGUUUACUGAUCCUCCACCAAACAUUCAUUUGAAAAUGAAAUACCACUGUGUGUGUGUGUUUGUGUUAUGUGUUUGCUUGUGGUCUCUUGAGUGUUGAAAGUGCACAUAGAUAGGUGCACAUAAGCCUGGUUUGGUCUUAACUUCAUUAGUUCUGGGCGAAUUCAUUAUUGCGUGAGGCUGUUGAUGAAGUCUGAUGUAACAAAAUAGUAUAUUAUUGGUUGGACUAUUUUACAUAGAUAUGGUCGUUUCAGUAAUCUUUCUGUGUACAUUGUCUGGUACUUAUACAGUGCUUUAAACGUGUACAUUGUCUACUAUUUAUCUACACUUCAAUGUCCCUAUACAACAAUUGAUGACAUGUACACAGUUGUUGUUUUUUUUAUACUUAUAUUGUACACGGACUAAAGAAAUAGACACGGAGUUGUGUA